AUGGCCAUAUCCUCGACAUCAGCAAGUAGAUCUAGGGAGCUUUUAGGCGGUGGUGUUUUCGACGUGACUAGUGGAAAAUAUGGUGCAAAGCCGAAUUCUGAUAUCACUCAGGCUAUAGCAAAUGCAUGGAAAGAUGCAUGUGCAUCAACAAUGCCAAGUAAAGUUAUUGUUCCAAAGGGGAUUUACAAAUUGAAAGAAGCAAAUUUCAACGGUCCUUGCAAGGCUCCUAUUGAGCUUCAAGUCUGUGGCACUUUGCAAGCCUCACCAGACGGUGCCCAAUUAUCAAAACCAGAUACCUGGAUCAUGUUUUCAUACCUUGACAGGUUCACAUUGUCAGGUACUGGAAUUUUUGAUGGCCAAGGACAACAAGCUUGGAAAGCUAAUGAUUGCCACAAAAACCCCAAGUGUUCAUCCAUUGCCAUUAAUAUGAGGUUCCACUCUGUUAAGAACUCCUUAGUCAGAGAUGUGAGUUCACUUAACAGCAAGAACUUCCACGUAAAUGUACUAGGAUGCGAGCGACUUACAUUCCAACAUUUCACCGUCACUGCACCAGAAACUAGCGUCAAUACAGAUGGAAUACAUAUUGGCCGCUCAACCGGGAUCAACAUUACUGAUUCCAAUAUUUCUACAGGAGAUGACUGCAUUUCAAUUGGAGAUGGCACCAAGCAACUAACUAUAACUAAGGUGACUUGUGGACCAGGCCAUGGAAUAAGCAUAGGAAGUUUGGGAAGGUACCCGAAAGAGGAACCUGUGACUGGAAUCUAUAUUAAGAGCUGCACCCUUAGUAAUACAAUGAAUGGUAUUAGAAUCAAGACAUGGCCUAAUUCUCCGGCAGCUAGCAUAGCCUCAGAUAUUCACUUUGAGGACAUAAUCAUGAAUAAUGUUGGUAACCCGAUCCUCAUAGAUCAAGAAUACUGCCCUUGGAAUCUCUGUAAUAAGCAGGUUGCAUCAAAAGUGAAGAUCAGCAACGUGAGCUUCAGGAACAUUAGAGGGACGUCUUCCACUCCGUUGGCCUUGAAGAUAUUAUGCGCCAAGGGCUUACCUUGUGACAAGGUGGAGAUGACUGACAUCAAUCUCAAGUACAAUGGAAAGCAAGGUUCACUUACAUCUCAAUGCUCUAAUGUGAGGCCAACAAUUACUCGUGUGCCAAAUCCUCUUGCUUGUGCUACCAAAUCUUGA